CCUAUGAACAUCAUACUCUUUGGCGAAACGGGCGCAGGCAAAAGCUCCAUAGUAAACAUGCUCGCCGGAUACAACGUCGCAAGAAUCUCGAGCAAGGCCGAGGGCUGCACGUUCAAGUGGGACCGCUACCCCGUCGAGAUCAGCGGCAAGCACUACAACAUCUUCGACACCGCGGGGCUCGACGAGGGCGAGGAAGGCACGAUGCCGGCCGAAGACGCGGUCGUGCAGCUCUACCAGCUCAUCACGAACGUCGAGGACGGCAUCAGCCUGAUCGUGUUCGUCAUGCGCGGACCGCGCAUCAAGGAGGCGGCGCACAGGAACUGGCGCCUCUUUUACGAGAUCUUCUGCCGGCAGAAGGUGAAUGGCUCGAUCAUCAUCACGGGCCUCGAGCAAGAGGAGGACAUGGACGAUUGGUGGCCGGAGAACAAGGGGCACUUCUACAGCUACGGUAUGCGUCCGUUUGGCGCUGCGGGUAUCACGGCGACUCCGGGAAAGUUGAAGGGGAGUAGGUGUAUAUAUCAGGAGGAGUAUGACGAGUCGACGUCGAAGAUUAAGAAGAUGAUCAGGGAGCAUGCGAUGCCGGAUCCGCAACGGAUUGACAAGAUUGAGUGGUUCACGGAUGUGCUGUGGCUCGGUUGUGUAAAGGUGGGUAGGAAGAGCACGGAUGAGGUUCGGCGGCUAGUAGACCGAUGCGGGAUGUCAUCGGAGGA